AUGGACUCGCUAAGUUUAACAGCCAGCGUUGCAGGUCUGCUCAGCCUUACCAUCGACGUCACCGAGAUCCUCUCCAAGUACAUAAGAUCGGUCAAGAAGGCUGAGCAAGAAUCACUCGAGCUCAGACAAGAGCUUUGUUCACUCUGCGAAGUACUGAAGCAGCUUGACCAAUUCCUCAAUGGCGAGAACCGACCAUCCCCACGGUUCAAAGACACUUCAGCCUUAUUUACUUCGAUCCAAACCUGCCACGCGACACUCAAUUCGCUUUCAACAAUUGUACAGAAGCUCCCGAAAGAAAGCCCGGAGAAGAAAUAUUACCGAAAGUUAAUCUGGGCUCUCCAACGUGAUGGGAAGAUGGAUACUAUCGCCACAAUCCGGCGCUGCAUCCAGAUAUUCCAAUUCUCGAUGACAAUAGAAGGAUGUAAUGUCCUCUCUAAAACCCUGGAUGAGGUUCUGGUAAAUCGUGAAACGCAGCUAAACACAUCGAAAAACGUCACGGAAAUCGUGGAGCUUGUCAAGAAGAUUCAGACCGAUCUUGACAGAAAAGGGGGUUUGCACGACAGUCAGAUGAGCCAACUUCAUCGGCCCGAUGAACGAGAGACAUUGCUGGAAUGGAUCGGCGGCUCAACUAAUCCAUCAUCGAAUCAUAACCGGGCUAUGGCUCAGAGAGAGCCAGAGACUGGUCUCUGGUUUCUGGAGUCAGACGAUUUCAGCGGCUGGAUCAAAACGCCGGGCUUGGUAUGGCUGCACGGAAUUCCUGGUUGUGGCAAAACAGUUCUCUGCUCAACGAUCAUCGAGGCUGUUAAAGAAUUGUGUUCUGACGGCACAGCUGGAAAGUUAGCCUACUUUUACUUCAACUUUCAGGAUUUCCCAAAUGAUUCUCACAAGGAGGAUCUGUUCAUGUCCGCUCUACUCCGGUCGCUGCUCAGACAACUCUGUGCCAACGAGCCCACACUGCCGGAUCCAACCCAAGCAAUAUACACUCAACACCACGGGACCGGAUCAAACCCUACCCAUGAGGAGCUAACGUCUACCCUGGACGCUGUCGUUGAUCACCUGGCCAAAGAUGUAUAUAUCAUACUGGACGCGCUCGACGAAUUUCCAGAGAAUACAAAAAACGCACAAAGGAAACAAUUGCUCAAAUGGAUCACCCUAAUGGUCGAUGGUCGUUUCCAGAACCUCCACAUCCUGACAACAAGCCGAAAAGAGUGGGAUAUCGAUGCGGCUCUAGGGAAUCUCGCAAAUGGGGGUCUCCCCAUCCAGGGCUCUGCGGUCGACAGUGACAUCCAAAGGUUUCGUUGGGUUGUCUGCCAGCUUGACAUGCUGGGGGGGUGCACAAAAGUCAGCUCCAUUAGGCAAGCACUGACCGAGUUACCGGAGACUCUCGACGAGACAUAUGAGCGGAUACUGAACGCAAUUCCAAGAACAAACAAGGACGAUGCUCGAUCCAUUCUUCAGUGGCUUGUAUACUCGAAACGCACUUUGACACUGGAGGAGGUCGCAGACGCUGCGGUUCUGAGACCUGGAGAUGACCCGAGUGACCUGGACGAAUUAUGCAACCUCUCAGAAGUUUUGCGCAUUUGUCGCAGUCUCGUUACACUGUCGACGGAGAAACAAACGGUGAUGCAAACGGAGAAACACUUUACCCGGAGGGUUUAUCUGGAGAUUGAAGUGGUCAGGUUCGCCCAUUUCUCCGUCCUUGGAUACUUGACAUCUGGGCGAUCGGCCUACUUCUCUGUUUCUGCCACCGAGGCUCACAACUAUAUUGGCGAAUGCUCCAUUUCGGUUCUCCUUCAGUUGGACCAGCUUUCACAAUCAAAUAAGGAUGCAGACGAGGAUAUUGCCAAAGGUGUCGGAGACCAUACAGACGGAGGCCGAGGCGAAGAUGCCGACGCAAGGCCAGUGACCAAAUACGCAGCGGAGUUCUGGCACGAACAUGUCUGCGAGGUUGAAAAGGUAAACGGCAGACUUUAG